GGCUUAAUGGCACAGCUUGGGUACAACGCAGGCCCUCGCCACGCACGAGUCUGGGGGUUGGCCAAAAGUUUCAGUAAGAAGCUUCCCGAAGAUCUCAUGCAGCAGCGCGAUCGUGAUGCAGUUGCUAUGCUGUCGAUGGUUUGGGGGAUACUUCGCACACAUAUGCCCAGCGAGGGUGUCGAUGCGAUGGAGGAUUUAUUGGAGGCGACAGGUAUGCCCCGCAUGGCUACCCGAAAUUUGGAAGAAGCAGGGGAUGGAUAUGAGUUCAUGAUCGAUGGACAGAGGUUCUCCUUUCCUCUCGCUCCGCGUGCCCCUCCUGAGGGUUAUCUUAUACAGGCAUACUCGGCGUAA